AUGGACAUAAACACAAGUUGCUACUCAAGGAUUGAUUUUGCACGCAUACUAGUGAGAACUCAGAUGCAGGAACCAAUAGCAGUAAUCAAAAGGGUCAAAAUCAAUGAUUUGGCGUUAACUGUCAGGCUCAUUGAGGAACUUGGGGGGGAAGUACUGAAGCGAUGCAACUGUGUUCAGAGAGAAAAUGAUGGGGGGAUGAACUCAACUUCUUCUGAAUCGGAAAGCAGUUUUGGUGGACUAGAAGGAGAGGAUGACUGGGAGUGUAACUCGAUGGUACCAGGAAGCGUGGGAUUUGAAUCGGUAUGGGAAAAGGAAAAUUAUGGUGUUGUCUCCGGCGAAGUAAGCCUAGAUGGUGAAUUCCAGGAGGUGGACGGGAAGGAAGGUGAACCGGCGGUUCCCGGUUUCCAGUCAGUAAGAAUAGACGCGGAUCUCAACACAAAGGGUAAUUCAAUUAAUGCUAUUGAGGGGCUCGACAAAGUAAUUAUGGAAAUUGAUGGGAAGGAGGAUUCAGAAUAUACAACGGCUCAUAAUAGAGAAAGUGGAAAGAUGGGGAAAAGUUUGACUAAUGAGGGGUCACGUGAGAUGCUGCCAUUGGGUUGGUGUGAUAAUGGGCUGGGUGAUGGUGCUAAAAGGCUAAGCACUGAGCCCGAAAGGGUGGAUCUAAGUUGGGAAGGAAUUGAACAGCUUGGUAAUGGGCUAAGUGCAGAAAGCCCAUUAAGAGAGGAUGUUGGUGUGCGAAUUGCUCAAGAAGGGAACUAUGAGGGCCAAGUAAAGGAGGUCAACUUGAGUCAUCAAUAUGAACCCAGAAUGGCAGAAACGGAAAAUCAUGAACGGCCAAAGCAAACCAAAGAAAUGUUGAGUAAGGAAAUUGAGGAUGACGAUAGAAUGGGUGGCGACCAGGUUGUGAAUGGGGGUGACAUGGCUGUUGCGGUUGAGUCUGGGCCUGUGAACCCAUCAGAAGGGUGCGAUGGCCCAAACAGCAAAGAUGGGACGGUGAUGAAUGACAUGGGGCGGGAGCAAGGUGUAGAGGGAGGAGGAAUGAAGAAGGAUAAAGCUAUACAAGAGAGAACACUUCAAGAGGAGGGUAGCACAUCUGGGUCAGAGGGGGAGCAAUCGGGUAAGCAAGUGAAAAAGAAGAGUAAAACCAGGAAAAUGAGGGAAAAUAUCAAGAAGAAGGUCAGAUCAAAUCAAAGAAAGGUCAGUAAUAAUGUUCACAGCCUUAGUAAUUCAAUUUAA